CAGCCGAGCCCGCUCCUGGCACUCUAACUCCACCCCUGACAACAAGGGCAUUUAUAUAAGCUACUGUGGCAAAAACUGGUACAGUUUCUCAUGAUUCACGAAUUCCAUUUUCAAUAUAGGAGAAAUGUCUUCAAUCUUGAUAAGGACAGUUUGGUAAAUUUGGUACAUGUAGCUGUGAAGCAGCAGUUUCAGUUCACUGUCUUCACUUCUGUUCUAAGUUCCUUACCUGCAAAGUGUACAACUGUAUACAAAGAGAGAGAAAACAAAGCACCCCAUUUUUACUGAAACAUGUAAUAAUAGGCUGAUAGUUAUAGGCUAUAGGCUUGUUCCUAUAACUGUAUCUUCCUCAAAGUUUGUUCCUAGGAUUCACUUUUGCUGUAAACUAAGAAGCAACUACUUUCUUCAUCGUGCUUCUUGUCUUAUUUUACUGGGUGAAAGUUGACUUUGAGAAAGAAAGACUUCUAUUUAGAUUAGUUUCUUAGUAAAAGAUAAGACAAGAAGCAAGGGCGUAGCAGCUGCGCGAAGUUGCGCCUUAGCACAUCCGUUAUCUUGCCUAUUCCGAUUAAGUGACAGUAAAAAUAUUGACUAUUCAUAGCAUUCUUGGUUUGUGGGUGUCUUUGAUUUGGUUUUAUUGUUCAGUUUUUGUAUGUGGGGUUUUGCUAAAAAGGCUGUUGGUUGAUUGACUGAAGAAUUAAAGAGUAUUGAAAGUAUGUCUUUGAAGAGCAGAGGAGUAGCAGAAAGAACUUCAAGAAGUGUAGUUUCUCAAAAAUGGAGUCUUUUACUUUGUCUUGGUAGUUUUUGUGCUGGAAUGCUCUUUACAACCAGAAUGUGGAUCAUUCCUGAAAUAAAAGGUGGUAUUGCAAGAACAACCACAGUCGACGCUAAAAGAUUGAAGUUAGUUUCAGAAGGAUGCAUUACAAAAUUUUUGCAGUAUAAAGAUGUAAAACUAGUAUCUCAAGAUAUUUUUGGGAAAGUUUCUAAGACAAAUAAUGCUAUUCAGACACUAGACAAAACCAUUUCAAAUUUGGAAAUGGAGUUGGCUGCAGCAAAGGCAGAACAGGAGUCACUCCUUAGCGGCGCUCCAAUAUCAGAUUCAACAACAAAAAGAAAAUAUUUUAUGGUUAUAGGGAUAAAUACUGCAUUUAGUAGCAGAAAAAGAAGGGAUUCAGUUCGUGCUACAUGGAUGCCACAAGGUGAAAAAAGAAGGAAGCUAGAAGAAGAGAAAGGAAUAAUCAUUCGCUUCGUCAUUGGUCAUGGUGCAACAGUAGGGGGAAUAUUAGACAGAGCUAUUGAAGCUGAGGAUAAAAAACAUGGUGAUUUCUUGAGGCUGGAUCAUAUUGAGGGUUAUCUUGAAUUGUCAGCCAAAACAAAGACUUAUUUUGCCACUGCUGUUAACUUGUGGGAUGCAGAAUAUUACAUCAAAGUUGAUGAUGAUGUUCAUGUCAAUAUAGCUACAUUAGGGGAAACAUUAGCAAGGCAUCGUAAGAAACCACGUAUAUAUAUCGGGUGCAUGAAAUCUGGUCCUGUCCUCUCGCGGAAGGGUGUAAGAUAUCAUGAACCAGAAUACUGGAAAUUCGGAGAUAAGUAUUUUCGUCAUGCUACUGGACAAAUAUAUGCCAUUUCAAAAGACUUGGCUACUUAUAUAUCAGUAAACCAGCAUGUACUGCAUAAGUAUACCAAUGAGGAUGUGUCAUUGGGUGCUUGGUUUAUUGGACUCGAUGUGCAGCAUAUCGAUGAUCGCAGAUUGUGUUGUGGAACUCCACCUGACUGUGAAUGGAAGGCACAAGCAGGCAACAUCUGUGUUGCAUCAUUUGACUGGACAUGCAGUGGGAUAUGCAGGUCUGUUGACAGGAUAAAAGAGGUCCAUCGCCGUUGUGGCGAGGGAGAGAAUGCACUAUGGAAAGCUGCAUUCUGAGGACAUGCAUUUCUUCCAAACAGGACAACGAAAUAGGUCUAUCGAUAUGUCAAUAUCCCACAUUCAUUUGCUCCGGAAUACAGAUUAUAGAUGCAAAUAACUCAGAGGCGAAUCCAAGAUAUAGAGUUAGUGGGUUCUGAAUAAGUGCGAUCUUAUUAUAUGUAUACAUUUUAUGCUUUUUUUUGUUUGCCUGUGUAUACAGAGUUCAAGUUGAAGGUAUAGUGGGUUCAGCUGAACCCCUAGAACCCGCUCUAAAUCUGCAACAUGUGCAUAAACAGAGAUGUGCGCCGUGCGGUGGGAGAGACAAUGAUUAAAAAUAGAUGGCCUUGCCUUAGCUCUGGGGAAACCUUCUCCAUUUUUGUAAAGAAUAAUGGCUGCCAAAGCAGUUGCGAGCAGAAAUGCUGAUCAGUGGGCCAUAAUGUAAGUCAUAGUAUACUGGAUUGUAAAAUCUUAAUAAGUGUUCAAAAUCAUAUUUUUUGUGGCCUUGUUUCUGUCA